AUGAGCGCUGUGAACGGAGACGGAGGAGGAGGAGGACAGAGGUCAGAGUGUGUGGAGGAGGAGGAGGUCAGAGUGUUUGGAGGAGGAGGAGGUCAGAGUGUGUGGAGGAGGAGGAGGUCAGAGUGUUUGGAGGAGGAGGUCAGAGUGUGUGGAGGAGGAGGUCAGAGUGUUUGGAGGAGGAGGAGGUCAGAGUGUUUGGAGGAGGAGGAGGUCAGAGUGUGUGGAGGAGGAGGUCAGAGUGUGUGGAGGAGGAGGUCAGAGUGUUUGGAGGAGGAGGAGGUCAGAGUGUUUGGAGGAGGAGGAGGUCAGAGUGUGUGGAGGAGGAGGAGGUCAGAGUGUGUGGAGGAGGAGGAGGUCAGAGUGUGUGGAGGAGGAGGAGGAGGAGGAGGAGGUCAGAGUGUGAGGAGGAGGUCAGAGUGUGUGGAGGAGGAGGAGGUCAGAGUGUGUGGAGGAGGAGGAGGUCAGAGUGUGAGGAGGAGGAGGAGGUCAGAGUGUGUGGAGGAGGAGGAGGUCAGAGUGUGUGGAGGAGGAGGUCAGAGUGUUUGGAGGAAGAGGAGGUCAGAGUGUUUGGAGGAGGAGGAGGUCAGAGUGUUUGGAGGAGGAGGAGGUCAGAGUGUGUGGAGGAGGAGGAGGAGGAGGAGAGGUCAGAGUGUGGAGGAGGAGGAGGAGGUCAGAGUGUGUGGAGGAGGAGGAGGUCAGAGUGUGUGGAGGAGGAGGAGGAGCUCAGAGUGUGUGGAGGAGGAGGAGGUCAGAGUGUUUGGAGGAGGAGGAGCUCAGAGUGUUUGGAGGAGGAGGAGCUCAGAGUGUUUGGAGGAGGAGGAGGUCAGAGUGUGA